AUGAACAUAGGGUUAGGUACAUACCUCUAGCUUCAUUACAACUCAACCUUACUAAUAGUUUCAACCGUCUGUUAUAUUUAAUUUCUUAUUCGCAUUUAUACUAUGAACUCUAUAGAGACUGAACGGAUUACGUAUCCCAUGCGACGAAAUAAUACCAAUUUUGAUCCCUUUCUUAGAUUCAAGGAAACUUGGAAACGCUCACUCCUAGAAAACAGUUCAACUUUGCCCCAUGAGUUCCCGAAUUACUACCUCUCUAACCCGGAGUGUUUAGUGAGCACAGCGACAGUGAAAUCUUUUUGCAUAGGCACUGGUGCAUCUAUAUUCUUGCGCUCAUUACUUCCCGCGAUAGCCGCGGCUAAACAUGAAGUCAUUCUUGUCACUUGUUUCUGGGCGCGUGGUCCCACUCUAGACGCGUUGAGGGAAACACUGGAAAAGCUCGCUGAAUAUCGCCGUGAGCUCAUCCGUAGCAUUCGUUCAACUAAUACAGGGCUAGACGCAUUGCCACCUUUAAAAAUACGAAUAUGCUUCUCAUCGAGGUCCCUGUUUCAAAAGCUAUUCCACCCAUCCUCGAAGGAUGGGUACGUGUAUCCCCCUUCGACGUGGCCGGCACGAUUGGGUUUACCAAGUCAGGAGGUUUUAGAGGCCGGGCUCAUCGAUUUACGAGUGAAAAGCUUGUUCUUUUUGCCCUUUAGCGUGAUGCAUCCUAAAUUCCUUAUCGUUGACCGCGAGAGAGCCUGGCUUCCUAGUUGUAAUGUGAGUUGGGAGGAUUGGUUUGAAGGGUGUGUCGAAGUGGCCGGUGACGCAGUGACCACCUUGGUCGAGUUUUACCGACAUGUAUGGGACAAGCAACUUGAGAGCCAUCUUCCCGACGGAGAUGGGUUGAGUCCCGAUCAUCCUCAGCCUCUAACACUAGCUGAGUCCGUGCAAGUAUCGACGUCGCGAAAUCAUCCUAGUACUUUGGAAAACUUUGUAUCGGAUAUUGAGACCCCGGCGAUUCUUCUGCCGUCUUCUCAUCACUGUAAUCCAAGGUUCGAUUUAAUCCCGUGGCACAAUCAUCCACCGCCGCCGUCGACGCCCCUCAAUACAGCUGUAUUGCAACUCCUAUAUAUGGCAGAGCAUACUGUUUAUAUGCAAACCCCAAACUUGACAUCUGCGAUGGUAAUUGACAAGCUUUUAGAGGCUUUAGAACGAGGAGUCAACGUCACUAUCGUAACUAACGCGCGACUAAUGCUUCUAGAGCAGCUUGUCACAGCCGGAACUACGACGUCUCGCUGCCUUAAUUCACUCAUUAGUAGAUAUAAAAGGCUCAAAUCACAGAAUUCUCUAUCUACCAGUAACGACAAUCCGGAGAACUCAAGCAUGGCUGUUGAUAUCGAAGCGCAGCAACCUCAAUUAGGGGUCUUAAAUGUCUAUUAUUAUCGCCCCAACUCUGAAGGCCAGACUAACGUAAUGGCCAGUGAGCCGGUACAAUCACAUCUUAAAUUAACUAUCAUAGAUACUCAAUAUGUUGUCCUUGGAUCUGGAAACAUGGAUCGCGCAAGUUGGUUUACUAGUCAAGAGCUAGGUAUAUUGUUCCACUCGAAAGACUUUGCGACGGCAUUAGAAAAUGCUGUUUUUGGUAUACUUGAUAGUAGGCGAGAAUCGGUUUUCCUCUCGGACGAGUUAAGAGAUUAGAAGAUCCUACUGUCGCGAGGUUAUCCAAUAGGGUUACUGAACAGUUCUCACAGCUGCCUCGUGACAUCAGUGGCAAACGUGAAACUCCAGUAAGGGACUUCCACAACUAGGUUGGUCCUGGCUGGGAAUCAAGCCUCUUUU